AUGGAUCUAUCUACGCUGGGAUCAACACUGCCACCGGGAUUGGCAGAUGCCGAGAGGGAUAUGGGAGAUAAGUUUAGAGCUGCCGCUCUGAGUAUAACGAAUCUGUAUAAGAGUUCAUUAGGAUAUACCAAGCAAGCGUACAAUGUGGGAUAUUCAGCUGCUCUAGCCGAUGUCCUUUCGACUGUGCAGUCUUCGAUAGGCGCCGGGCAGGAUGCAGAACAGACUUUAUCUAGGUUGAUGGAUUGGGCGGACGCUAGGCAGGCGGCAAUCUCGGCAUUCGCAGCUGAAGACACAGAUGAUCUACCUGCACCUGCUCCCAUCACGAAACGUCCUACAGCUAUACCUCGGAAUUCUCAUCUAAACCCCAUUAAUCGACCGGCUUCUGCACCUGUCCCCUCGCAAACUUCCACCACCUUCAAAGCAGACAGUCAACCCAUCGCAAGUACCUCGAGAAACGUCCAACCUCUACCUUCAACUUCCAAUACUACUACUCCCAGUACCAACACACUCGAAUCUCCUUCAGUUGCAGGAUAUCAGCCUACCCCAGGGGGUGUAAUGUCUUCUUCACCUAUGGCAUCCCCUUCGAAUAAUCACCAUCGAUCCAAUUUCAGUGCUUUACCUAAACCCUCCAAGAAUCUCCCUAGUCGGUAUUCUCAACUCAACCUCAAUGCAAGUGGAAGUGGAACAUCAUCCGGUCAUGUACCCAGCACAACAUUCAAUCCGGCUUUACCUUCUGCCGGCGUACCGUUCGUCUCUUUCACCAACAAUACUAAUGCUACAGAUGAAGGACCAGCUCAGAAUUAUCCAACGGGCACUAAACGACCAAUGAUUGAUUCCAUGGAGAUAGAUCAGGUCAUACCAAUACCCUCUCCAUCGACUAAUACAUCUGCUACCUCUGUUCCUGUUGCUAUACAGACCCCGCCGAAUAGAUCGGGAAGGUCAGCCAAGAGAAGAAGUAUGGGGAAUAAUCUGGGUACAAACGAUCAGGAUAAUAAUGAAAAGGAUAAAGAUAAAGACAGAGAGAGGAAGAGAGGAAAUAGGAGAGGUCAUGGGAAUGGACCUGGUACAUCGGCUGUCUGA